AUGGCAGUGGUGGUGGCGGUGCUGCUGGUGCUGGUGGCCUCGGUCUUGGGCUUGCCAAGCAGCCACUCCAAUUGGCAGUCAUUGGUCAACAAGACAGACCUUUUUGUCAACAACCAGCCGUAUGGCAUCACCUACCCAUGCUAUCGCCAGCCGGCCCUGAUCUUGAUGGGUGAAGGCUUGCUGGCCUUUGCCGAAGGCCGGAACAUCAGCUCUUGUGCGCCGCCGCUUCAGGCGGCCGCGCCAUCGCCUGUGGAAGAGGUUGGGGGUCUAGUCUUGCGACGGUCGACAGAUCUGGGUCGCACUUGGAGCGCUCCCAUCACUCUGUACAGUGGCAACAUCGACUUUUAUGUUACCGUGUAUGACGCCGAGAAGGAUGUAGGCUGGCUGUUCUUGCAAGAGGAGAGCGCAGUGCGUGUAUUUAACACGACCGAUCAAGGUUACACUUGGGCCGGGCCAUUUGCCUUUACUGCCCCUGUGCCCCCAGGACUUCGACCCACGGUGCAGCCGGCCGUGGGUCAUGGCCUUCAGCUUCAACGUCAUCUCUGCGCUGCUCCCGGUGGCUGCGCCGAGGCCGGCACGUUGGUCGUUCCAUUUGUGUGUAUGUCCGACACAGCAACCCCAGUGGAGAGAGUUCAUUCGGAUACGGCAUGCGCCUCUUGCCAGAGCUGCUUGCUUUUGAGCUCUGAUCACGGUGCUAGCUGGCGGUUUGCUGCCCUGGGGCAACUGGGGUCUCGUGAAGCGCAGGCCGUGCAGAUUGCCAGUAACACGUCAUCAGCAUGGUUGUACGUGACAGAGCGCAACCUAGGCCCCAUGCCGGGUCACCGAAUGUAUGCCAUCAGCCACGAUGCAGGCCACUCCUACACUGAAACCGGCAUCAACAAAGGCUUGGUCACUCCCAUCACAGCAGACUGGACUGGAACGGUGGCUUCGGUGGAGUCCAGCUUCAAUCAACAGCCAAGCUCGCCCUUGUUCAUGGCCUUGCCAUUCAACGCCACUGUACGAUGCAACCUCACGCUCAUGACAAGCUUGGAUGCCGGAGCCACGUGGGCUGCCCAAACAGUCUUUUGGCCAGGCCUGGGCGCCUAUACUGAUUUGUCAGCACUGCCGACCGGUCUUGGCGUCAUUUUUGAGAACGGCGAGGCCACAUUUGCAGAUCGCAUUUCCUUUGCAAACCUUCUCCAAUAG